GGGCUACCAAGAGUGCCAGUGUAGCCCUGCACAGCACAGGUGGUGGUGGUGGCGGCCCUUGCCUGUGGCUCUCGUUCUGCGUGCGCUAGACCUCGCAGCCAUGGAGGGACCCGAGGAGCUUCUGAGUGGGAAGCUCCAGCUCUGCUUCACCCCCGCUGCCGGGACCAGCCUCCUGAUGUUCAGGCUCAACGACGCGGUCCUGCGGGCGCUGCAAGAGUGUCGGCGGCAACAGGUUCGGCCAGUGAUCGCUUUCCAAGGCAACCGAGGGUAUCUGAGGUUCCCAGGCCCUGGCUGGUCCUGCCUCUUCUCCUUCUUAGUGUCCCAGUGUGGCCAGGAGGGCCCUGGAGGUGGCUUGGACCUUGUGUGCCAACGGUUAGGCAGAUCUGGGCCUAACCAGCUCCACUGCCUGGGCCCACUCAGGGAUCGCCUCACUAUUUGGGCAGCCAUGGAUUCCAUCCCAGCCCCAUCUAUAGUUCAGAGACAUAAUCUGAUGGACCGCGUCAGAGAUCCUGAGAGUUGGCAGAACACAGGAGACUAUUCUGAACAAGACACAGUUUCACAGCCACAGAUGGCGCUAAAAGAGGUGCCAGAUCCACUGGCAAGCAGCCAAGGACAGUCACUCCCAGGAUCCUCAAAGGAACACAUGGCACAGUGGCAAGUGAGAAACCAGACCUAUCUUCCAAACAGAGAACCUGAUCAGGCACUGACUUAUUCUGCUAGCCAGAAACAUUUGAACAAGAAGCGUCCGGCACCUACAACCACUCUAGGACUAGAAGAGAAGAGACUCAGAACUCUGCCUUUAGCUCCAAGUCCCCUACAAGGGCUGCCCAGUCAGGACCUGCAAGAGGGAGAAGACUGGGAACAAGAGAAUAACGAUGAAGACAUGGGCCCCAGGUUGGAACACAGUCCCUCAGUUCAAGCUGAUUCUGAAUCCCCAAACCCUGAAGAGGUACCAGAUUACGUGCUGCAAUACAGGACCAUCCGCAGUGCAGAGCAGCAACAUGCUUAUGAGCAGGACUUUGAGACAGAUUAUACUGAAUACCGCAUCCUACAUGCUCGUGUUGGGGCUGCAAGCCAAAGGUUCAUAGAGCUGGGAGCAGAGAUCAAGAGAGUUCAGCGAGGAUCUCCAGAACACAAGGUACUGGAAGAAAAAAUAGUCCAGGAAUAUAGAAAGUUCAGGAAGCGGUACCCAGGUUAUAGGGAAGAAAAGCGUCGCUGUGAGUACCUGCAUCAGAAAUUGUCCCACAUUAAAGGUCUCAUCCUGGAGUUUGAGGAAAAGAACAGGGAAAGCUGAAGCUGUCAGAGGGCUCUUUACCUUCUCUCUGCUCAGUGCGAUAUGAAGGAACAAAGCAGAUAUGAACUACAUAGAGUGCAACUGUCUGCUCUUAUUGCUGAAUCCGUGGUGGCAAGCACGAGUUAAACUUCUAAAUUCUUUAAGGUCUGAUUUUAUUGUUGCCAUAUUUUACUUUUUAGGGUUUGGGCACAGUGCCAAGACUCCACAACUGUGCCCAGGAGACUAGGAAGAGUAGUAGAGGCUUAGCUUCUUCAUCUUUAGUUCAGCCAAGUCAUUUUCAAAUCCUGAGAUUUCAGCAUUUCACCAUUUCCAGGACAAGAUACCUUGAGAACAUUAGAAUUUAGCCUGGUUGCCUCCCUAAAGAAAUAGUAAUGAGAACUUCUGGUAACAGAGCUAAAGUAACUUGUAAUACACCUAGAUAUAAUGGGAAAGGGAUUAGUUGUUCCCCCUGUUCUGGAAGUGAAUCAUUUUACAAACAUGGCUGAAAAAUGAAAACUG